AUGAAAUCCUGGUAUCGAUGUUUAUGUAUACUGUUCAUUUUUAUCCUCUAUUUCCGAUUUACUACGGCUUAUCCUUCAUCAAGUAUACAAGAACAGCGCAGUUUUCUUCUUUGUCAUUUAUCUCCAGUAUCAUGCAAGCGUAGUUUGUCUGAUACAGACGAAAUUGAAAAUUUAUUGAAAACAAAUAUUAAUGAUAAACUUCAAAUGUGUUUUGACAGAACAAAUGUUAUACCUAAAAUAUGGCCGUGCAAGCCAAUAUCGUUGCAAUCAUCAUCGAAUGAUAUACAACAAUAUGAAUAA